UAAAAUGACAAAACUGAGUAUUUCCAGUCUUUUCUUGAUGCUGGUUUUGUCAUAUUUGAGUGAUGGAGCAAUUGGAAAAGUUAAUUUGAAAGAAGUUGAUCGGAAAUUAAAGCAGCUUAACAAGCCUGCAGUGAAGACCAUACAGAGUGAAGAUGGAGAUAUUAUCGACUGUGUUGAUAUCUACAAACAACCUGCUUUUGAUCACCCUGCGUUGAAGAAUCAUGUUAUCCAGAUGAAACCCAAUUUUGAUGUCAAAGAAGAGAAACCAAGCACGACGGCCGAGUCAUCGAAGCUAGUGGUGUCUCAAACAUGGCGACGAAGUGGAAGCUGUCCAGAAGGAACUGUUCCUAUUCGAAGAAUUCGAAGGGAGGACUUGCUGAGAACGAAUUCCAUCGACCGAUUCGGAAGAAAACCACAAGAAAUUGUUGUCUCUAAAUCAAACACCACAAAUCAGAUAGAUGGUCACUCUCCAUUUAUUAACAACACUAAACUGAGUUUUCCUACAAUGGCGAAUAGAUCCGCUGCAGUUCUUGUUACAGUUGGAUACAAUUACAUAGGAGCCAAAGCAGAUAUCAAUGUUUGGAAUCCACAAGUCGAAGCAAACGAUGAAUUCACCACGGCUCAGAUCUGGCUUAAAGCUGGCCCUGGUGAUAAUUUUGAAAGCCUGGAAUCUGGAUGGACGGUAAACCCACAUUUAUAUGGUGACAGAAGGACCAGAUUCUUUGCACACUGGACAAAAGAUUCAUACAAAACAACAGGUUGUUUUGACCUCACUUGCAGUGGCUUCGUUCUAACAGGCACUGAAAUCACCCUUGGAGGAGCCAUUGAUCACAUCUCCAGUCACUUUGGUCAACAGUAUAAAAUAACAGUAGGCAUAUACAUGUACAGUUUAAUGGUUGAUUUUCAGGAUCCUAAAACAAGCAAUUGGUGGCUAAAAUAUGGGAGCGAUAUACCAGUAGGGUAUUGGCCAGCAGCAACCCUAAUGUCUUACUUGAAACAUAGUUCGACAUUGGUGGAAUGGGGUGGACAAGUUUACAGCCCGAACGUGAAGAAAAAGCCUCAUACGAGGACCGCCAUGGGAAGUGGAGACUUUGCUUCGGGUUUAUUUGGGAAUGCAUGUUUCAUACGAAAUCCUAACAUUGUGGAUUACUCGUUGGCUCUCAAAUAUCCAGAGUGGGUGGGCGCUUGGGCCGAUGAAGCUUACUGCUACUCUGCUUAUAAUUACCAGAAAAGUUAUGGAACUUUGCCAGUUUUUUACUUUGGGGGACCUGGUCAGAACCAUAAUUGUCCCUGAGUUCAACAAUAUUUU